GACCCGUACAGCAUGUUCAGACCCAAGCGCUACGCAGGCACCAAGGAGGACCCAAACCUUGUGCCCUCCAUCACCGACAAACGCAUCGUGGGCUGCGUCUGUGAGGAGGACAACAGCUGUGUCAUUUGGUUCUGGCUGCACAAAGGUGAUGCCCAACGCUGUCCUUCCUGUGGGGCACACUACAAACUCAUCCCCCACGAGCUGCCCCACUGA